AUGGCCCACGAGAGUUCGCCAUUCCUUCCACACUGGUGGCAUUCGCGCAGCCGCGACGUGGUCUCGCUUCUGACGCUGCUGCUGCUGGUGGGCACCGGGCUGGGAAUCUGGGUGUACGGCACCCUGCCCACGUCCGACCCCGACGGGCACCCGCACGAGUACGCCCUGAGCACCACGCGCAUCCGCAACCACCUCAGCAAGUUCCUAGAGAUCGCCGAGGCGCACAACAACGCGCUCGGUCACCAACGGCCACGCGGCCAGCGCCCACACUUCAUGUCGCCGGUGUGGACGGUCAACAAGGCGCCGGUGCUCCGGGCGUCUGGCCCGACGGACUUCCAGGUCAUGCGCUAUGGCGGGCAGGGUGCCGAUAUCAAGAACGCAAAGCACAAUUGGGGACGUUGA